GCCUAUAAUUUACUAACUUCAACUCUAUUAUAAGUAUUCAAAAAUUUACUUCAUUCUGGUUUCAAUAUAGAUAUCAUCUCUGAACUUUGGUUAAUAUUUUGGCCAUCUUAAUCAGUUAUGCAUGGAUUGAUGUUUAUUUCCUCAAAGUGAACACAGCACAGGUCAUUAUUGAUCAGUUGUUACAACGGUGUUAUUACUAUGUUUCUAACAUGAGCCACAGGAGGCUUCCUGUGCUCAAGCUGUCACUGAGGCAUCAUUGCCUCUUUCCGCAUUUCCUGAGUGUGAACCCAAAAAUAACUGAAUGCUUUGUGCGCCUAUUCAAUCCUUUCCAUGUGUGUAAUUUAUGCCAUGGCAGUGGCUGCCCUAUAGGUUGAAUAUUUCUUGUGGACUCAUUCUGGAUGGAGAAUGUCUUGUUUCCUGUACCUGUAGCCCCAGCCUCAUCUUCCCAUGUAGGAUCCUCAGACUGAGAGCAGGAACUGAUACCAUGGCAGCCAGUGAGCUAGCUGUAGGAGUGAUCUUCUUGUGUCUGACUGUGAUUGGAGUUCUGGGGAAUUUCUCUCUUCUCUACCAUUAUCUGUUUCUUUACCGAAUAGGGUACAAGUUAAGGUCUACUGACUGGAUUCUAAUGCACUUGAUGGUAGCCAACAUCUUCAAUCUAUUGUGUAAAGGAAUGCCCCAGACAAUGUCAGCUUUUGGUUCAAAGGACUUCCUCAAUGAUAUUGGAUGCAAAUUGGUUUUCUCCUUUCACAGAGUGGGCAGAGGUGUGGGUGUUGGCAGCACCUCCUUCCUCAGUGUCUUUCAGGCCAUUGGGAUUGGCCUCAGGGACUCCAGGUUUUCAGACCUUAAAGUCAAAACGCACAAGUGCAUUUGUUGCUCUGUGUACGUGAGCUGGCUACUUCAUUUCCUUAUAAGCAGUGUCAAUCUUGUGCACAUGAGGGCAAAACAUGGCAACGAAAGCACAACAAACCUCAAAUCUUUCCUAUACUGUUAUUGGGUCUGUCAUGACAAAACCAGAAACAUAUUAUAUGCAAUAUUGCUGUCAGCUCCUGACAUUCUUUUUCUGGGGCUCAUGCUAUGGGCCAGCAGCUAUAUGGUUCUCACACUGUAUAGGCACAAGCAGAUGAUGAAACAACUGCCCAGGAAUAAUGCAUCUUCAAGAUCUUCCCAUGAGUCCAGAGCCACCAAAACCAUCCUUCUCCUGGCUAGUACCUUCAUUUCUUUUUAUACACUUUCCUCCCUCUGUCAACUCUUUGGUACUCUAGUAUACAAGCCCAGCUGGUCUCUGGUAAAUGUCACUGCAAUGGCCUCCCUGUUUUUCCCGACUGUUUGUCCCUUUCUGCUCUUGAGCCGUGACUCUCGGGUGUCCAGCUUCUGUUUGCCCUUAAAAAGCAAUAAACAUUUCCCCAAUGUCUCUGACUAA